AUGCCGUCUUGUUGGCCAUCAUCGUUACAAUUUGUUAAAGAUUUUGAUCGUACAAAUUAUUCAAUUAAAUCAGAAGAAUCAACAUCAACUGAUGAAUUAGAUGAUGAUCAAAAUAAUGAUAGUGAAGGUGUUUGGAGUCCAGAUAUUGAACAAAGUUUUCAUGAAGCAUUAACUAUUUAUCCUGCUUGUGGUCGUCGAAAAAUAAUUUUAUCAGAUGAAGGAAAAAUGUUUGGUAGAAAUGAACUUAUUUCACGUUAUAUUAAAAUGCGUACAGGUAAAUUACGUACACGUAAACAAGUAUCAUCACAUAUUCAAGUACUUGCUAAACGAAAAACAAAAGAAAUUCAAACAUUAUUUAAAGAUUCAAAUUUUAAAGAAUCACAUCGUUCAUUUGUUAUUAAUCAACAUUAUCAUCAAUUACGUAAUGUUAAUCCAGCAUCAACAAUUAUAUCUGAUAAUACACCAUCAUAUUAUAAUACACCUGUAUCACUUUUUUCACCAACAUCUACAACGCCAUUUAUUGAUAUUAAAUCAUUUACUCCAACAUCAACAAAUGAUUUUAUUUCAACAACAACUCAUUGUAUAAAUUCAAAUCGAUUAAAACUUGUCGAAUUCGCUGGAUAUAUUCAAUCGAAAUCUGAUAUGGAUUUAAAACAUUAUCUACUUCGUAUCAGUCAUGAAGCUGGUACUGAUAUGAAAUCAGAAAAAAUUAAAAUGAAUCAAAUUAUUGAUUUAUUUCCUAUGUUAAAAGAACUUUAUCAUAAAGGUUUGGAAGAUGUUUUUUAUGUUGUAAAAGUUUGGGUCAAUAUGGAUUAUCAAGAUAAUUCAAAUAAUACAUAUCAUUAUUAUUCAAUAUUUGAAAGUUUAGAAAAUAAUCUAAAUAUUUGUAUAACAACAAAAGCAUGUUCAUUUGGUAAUACAAUUGUAGAAAAAAUCGAAAAUGGUACAAUGAAAUAUAAUGAGAUGAAUGAUAAAUGUAUUCAUCGUUCAAUGAAUACAACAAUGUGUACUUUUAUGACUGAUUUUAUAACAAAACUUAAGACAGGAAUGUAUACACAUGAUAAGAUGAAUUCUGUGCUCGAACAUUUAGGAGUACUUCAAACAGUGGUAGCAAAAGAUACCAAUGAAUUGCUAUUAUGUAUUGCCUAUAUUUUUGAAAUAAGUGAAUCAUCAUCAUUAAAUGGUACACAAUCGGCUGCUUACCGUUUAUGUGAUUGA